AUGAAGAAAGCCAUUCAUGCUAGCCUGAUGCAUUCAUUGUACGUCUACUGAAGCACGCGCACUUCAUGACCAUUGCCCAACAGGCAGUGCAAGCUGGUGCCGGUAUCAGCAGGAUGAAGCCAAUGGCACAAAGCUUUACAAGCAUGGGCCAGGCUUACCUUUAGAGGUAAUUGCAAAAUUAAAACCAGAGUAUAUUCGACUCAGUGAGGACAGCUUGCUUGAGAAGUGCUUGCAUGGCAAGACACAGAAUCAAAAUGAAUCUUUAAAUGGAAUGAUUUGGCAAAGNUCCAGGCCUGGGAGGCAAGGGCAAACUGACAGACAGUCAAAUUGAUAAACCUUGCAGAACUAUUAUGGCAUAGCCAUAAGAUCAAAUGUUGGAGAUCUUGCUGGCAUGAAGAAAGCCAUUCAUGCUAGCCUGAUGCAUUCAUUGUACGUCUACUGAAGCACGCGCACUUCAUGACCAUUGCCCAACAGGCAGUGCAAGCUGGUGCCGGUAUCAGCAGGAUGAAGCCAAUGGCACAAAGCUUUACAAGCAUGGGCCAGGCUUACCUUUAGAGGUAAUUGCAAAAUUAAAACCAGAGUAUAUUCGACUCAGUGAGGACAGCUUGCUUGAGAAGUGCUUGCAUGGCAAGACACAGAAUCAAAAUGAAUCUUUAAAUGGAAUGAUUUGGCAAAGGGUCCCAAAAGAAGUUUACGUUGGAAGAGAAACAUUAGAAUUAGGACUGUAUGAUGCAGUUUCCCAUUUUAAUAUUGGAGCAGUAACUGUUAUCAAGCUGCUCCAAGGCUUAAACAUUCCUCCUGGAAAAUAUACUGAAGAGGGGUGCAAACUUCAAGAUCAGCUACAAGUGGACGGUGCGGAGUAUAAAAAUAAAGCAAGCACUAAGAAGAGGAGAAAAGUUAUCAGAGGCCUGAAGAAAAGAAAAGAUGACAAAAACAAGCAAAGAGAGGGUGUAAACUAUGCCUCUGGACAGUUCUAA